AUGGCCAGACUCAACAGUCCGUUUGUACAGAACCUGGUGGCCUCCAUUGUGGUUGGCCUGGGACCAGGAUUAUAUGUCGCCGUCACCAACCUCGGAGCAGGCGGGGGGCCUGCCAACGCCACUAAAAUGCAGAACAUCGUCAACUCAGUUCUUUACGCGAUCUACUUCGUCGCCGGAUUCUUCAGCGGGUCGGUGGUGACCACCUUGGGACCCAGAUACACCCUGGCAUUUGGCACUUUGGGAUAUCCUAUCUAUGUAGGGGCACUAUGGUAUUUCAGCAACACAUCAAAUCUAUGGUUCCCCAUCCUCGGCGGUGCUUUCCUAGGAAUCACAGCCGUGCAUCUCUGGACCGCAGCCGGAUUCAUCGCCUUCAGCUACGCAACGGAGAACAAAAAAGGCACAUAUAUCUCCAUGCAAUGGGGCCUUCUCAGUGUUGGUAGCACCAUUGCCUCGUUUGUGGCAUUCGGAAUCAACUUCCACGCGGGGGAACUGAAAUGCCCACCGUCCGUCUACAUCGUGUUUAUCAUCCUGAUGACGCUGGCGUUGCCCGUCGCGUUGUUUGGCAUCAUCUCGCCGGCAGACGUGCGACGUGCCGACGGUAUGCCCAUCGCACACUAUCCGCAUCGUGGUGUGUGGCAGGAAAUCAAGAGCCAGCGACAGAUCCUUCUGGACUGGCGCAUGUUGGUGUUGUUGCUGCCCAUGUUUGGGUCAGAAGUGGCGAUUAUAGUGUUUUCGUCGGUGAACUCGCUCUACUUCAACAUUCGCACGCGCAGUCUUAACUCGGUCAUCUUCGUGAUCCUGCAAGCAGUAGGAGCCAUCGGCACCAUGGCUAUCCUGGAUAACCAGCGGAUCGGCACACGACGCGCACGAGGGCUCCUUUCGAUCGUGACGAUGGGCCUCUUGACACUCGGGCUGUGGAUCGGACUCACGGUGUGGUUAUCGUCCCAUCCGGUCGAUCUGACCAACCCGCCACUGUGGGACUGGACGGACGGGCCAUUUGGUGGAUUUAUCGUGUUGACUCUGCUGUUUGGAAUAAACAUGGUGGCACAGUAUCAAGUGGUGGUGCAGUGGAUCGUCGCGGCGUUAAGCAACGAUCCUGAAACUCUGGCCCGAUUCGCGGGAUUCGCCAAAGGAUGUCUGGCUGGGGGCCUCUGUGCGACGUUUGGCACCGAAGCAGCCGGGUUGGACCAGAUUUAUGUCACGGCAUGGACGUUUGCCCUACAGGGGGUUGGCCUCAUCUGCAUGGUGGCGGUGGCCUGGUUCUGCGUGCGGCCGACCAACUAUGGCAAGGAGACGGAGUUGGGCGAAGGAAAGAAAAUUCGGACCCUGUCAGAGUAG